UGUGAGGUCGUGCGGCCGCGUCGCUCGUAUAGACUAGCGAGCUGGCAACAGUGCCAAGCUAUUUUUAGUAUGAAGUCUGUCGUGUCGAUCGCAUCACGUAUACUUGUUUUUAAAUAAUAAUUCCUGUGAUUAUAAAGCUAAAACUGUUUGUGAAAAUGGACUGACCAUAUUUACGUUUUGUGUGAAUUAAAUGACAGUUGAAAUUGUCAAAAGUGUAAGCGACUCUUCCAGCUGUGCGCCCGUACAUAACUUUAGUUAUAAUAGUUUGAUAAACUUUAUAAUGGAUAAUUCGGUUUAUUUUAUCGAACAAGAAAGAGUGAUGAAUCUGGUUGAAAAGUUGAUAAGUGAAGUUGAAAAGAGACCGUUACUGUGGGACAGAUUCGAUAAUGAUUACAGUAAUCGAGCGGCGAUGGAUGCCGAGUGGGAAAAAAUAGCUGAAAUCCUUUCGAGGGACAAAAACUACGUUAAAAACAAAUGGCGGAAUUUACGAGACCAAUUCAUCAGAGAAAAUAAAAAGGUUAAAGUUCCCUUCGAUAACCCGACUAAACCGUACAUCUCUUACUACAGAGGCAAGUGGGCCUAUUUUGAGAACAUGUUGUUCCUUAAAAGGGCCUCUGUCCCAACAAAGAAAGCCGCUGGCUACUCCUCAACAGACGAAGUUGAACUAUUCGAAGAAGAAAUCAAAGAAGAAGUACUAGAUUAUGAAGAUGACAUAUUCAUAGAUUCAGCUACAUAUAAUAGUGAAACUGAAAGCAAUAAAGUUGACGAAACUCUAACUGCAAGAGUAGACGAAUCAUUCAACGGUAAUAAUACAAAAUUUGAUAAAGAAGUUCCUCCGGAAGAAGAAACAGGUCGAAAAAGAAAAACCUUAGAAACAGCGGACACAGUAGUCAAAGCUAAAAGACAAUCAAUAGCCAGUACACCAAAUGUUUCUUCUGAAGACCAAGGAGAAAUAGAUGAUGAUCUGCAUUUCGUUAAGAGUUUAGUGCCGUUCCUCAGAAAAUUGAGUCCAAUUAGAAAACUGUUAGUUAGAAAUGAAAUACAGAGUCUUUUGAUAAGGGAAAGCCUUUGUGAAAAAUGUAAAGUAGGUAACCACUCUACACAUAACUCAUAACUGUACUUAGUACCUAAUUAAAAAUUGUUAAAGUUAGUUUAAACUACAGUGCAAAUUAAAUUUGUAUUUUUUU